AUGACGCGACCCAAGGUCCCACCAGACCAACGACAGCGCACCGCUCAGGCGUGCGAAAGUUGCAAGAGGAGAAAACAGAAGUGCAACGGCUUGUGCCCCUGCAGCACAUGUGAUAAGCGCAAGUUUACCUGCAUAUACGCGGAUCGAGAUCCGAAUUCUCCAGGCGAGGACCGACCACCCGCAAAGAGACGUACAAUUGAGAGCGGCAAUGACAGCGACAGUUCGAUUCCAACUGACAACCGGACUGUAAAUACUCCGGCUGUCGAGCACGCACAAACAACGCCACUUUCGUUACAUAACCGCACGUCGUCUGUCAACCAACCAAAUUUGUUGACACGCACACUCAGUGUCAACCAAGAAGUACCGUUCAAGUCUCCCGGCCCAGGACCCAGUAUAGAGCAUGCAAACAGCUCAAUCGAUCGUCUGGCUGUCAAUCAUGAUAACACCCGUGACCGGCUUACUCCGACACACGCUUCCACUCCAAAUGAUGGCACAGAUGAAGUGGCGGAGUUUCCAAGCCAGAGCCGCAUGUUACAAGAUCCAACGGGUCGAGUGAUAUACAUUGGCGAUGCAGCUACGCUAUCAUUUCUUCAGCUCCUUCGGAUGAUGGUCGAAACGGUAGCCGGCCCGUCACCGUUUACGACUGACCCUCGUCGUCACAAGAUAGUCGAAGGCCAAUACUCACUUCCAUUGGGAUAUCGACAGUCGAGUCUACUCCCAGACGAGCGAACGGCACGCGCGCUGGUGGAUGCCUUUUUCGUCAAUACUCACGGCUUAUUACAGGUCUUCCGACGUGACUCCUUUCUUGAGAAACUAGAGCGUUGCUACUCCGAUCCGCUAUCUGUCGAUACAUCUUGGUCAUGCUUACUCAACCUCGUUUUCGCCAUCGGCCUCACCAUGGCGACACCGCUUUCAGGAAGCCCUGAGGCGCUGAUAAUCGACAAGCUUCGCAGUGAACACCUCGACAGAGCCGAGGCUUUCUAUCUAAAUGCUAGGAACAUGAACGAUCCGAUGACAGGUUUGGAGGAUCAGGAUUUCUGGUCUGUCCAAGCGCUGCUUCUCAUGUCAUAUUACAUGUUGGCAAAAAGCAAGCGCAACACUGCUUUUGCCUUACUUGGGAUGGCGGUACGGUCUGCACUUGCUCUCGGCCUCCAUAGAGAAGAGACUAUGGUCAUCUUCAGCCCAGAGGAACAAACACAGCGAAAGGACCUUUGGCGGUCGAUAUUCGUGAUGGAUCGUUUACUGUCUUGUUCUCUUGGCCGUCCGACCGCCAUAUCGGAAGACGACUGCUCGGGAGAUACACUCCGCCCGCCCGACAGCAGUGUUCGCAACCAGUCAUGGAGCUUCAGCGCAAAGACUGUGUACGAUUUCAACGAGACUGGCCCACCUGCUCUGGAAGCCACCGUUCGAAGCUGCAGAGUCAUCGGCGUCAUCUUGCGGAGGGUGUACCAGCAACGCAAGAUCAGCACUCGUCUCGCCCAAGAGAUAUCGGACAUAUGCAAGACAUGGCCCCGGCUGCUGACGCCCAUCUUGCAAUGGCGACAAGCAGCAACUGCCUCGCCCAGUCAAGGCGUGGCCAUCUUGCACGUCAACUUAUUCUACUGCCAUUCCGUCAUCCUCCUUACUCGACCUUUCUUACUGUAUAUACUCAACAAAGAGACUCAACGGCAUGUCGAACAACCUGGGUCGAGAGGGCCACGACCUUUCCACCGCAUGGAGCGAUUCAGCGAGGCCUGUGUCAUCGCCUCUGUGCAUACCAUCCUGCUUAUACAGAACGCUUACGAGGCUGGUUAUCUGUCCCGACGCAACCCAGCCGUUAUCUACUUCCUCUUCGCAGCCACCCUCGUCAUUCUUGCAAGCGACUUCGCCGGCCUAUACCAGAUCGAGCUAACGGACAACUGCGUUGUCAAUGCUAUUAACGUCAUGAACUACUGCGCAGAGAGCGAUCAACAAGCAAGCCGUCUAGUAUACAUACUGAGUUCUUUCCGAGACGUCGUCGCACAGCAACGACUACGCCGGCGACAGGAUUCAACAAGUAAUGCGACACUACCCAGCAUCGCAUCACAACUCUAUGGCAGGCAGAUGCCGCAGCAACAACGUAACUCUGCGCCCCAGGCACCCGAUUCAGCGCGCGCAUCAAACCCGAUGGAUGCAACACCACGGCUUCACCAAGUGCCCGUACACAUAUAUCCCGGCAUGCAGACAGCGCCGAUCAACGAACCGGUACUGACGUAUCAAGCCUCUGAGCAACACCAUGCUCUUGGUCAAAACCAACACCACGGCAACGUUCAGCACAGCCCAGCUCCCACAGGAGAAGACUUUAGUGUCCAUCUGUCUCCUAUCCAAGAGCCCCCGCCGGUAGACAUGGCCACGCCAUCGUAUACAUCGGCCUCGAGAGCGCCCUCACUAUCAGCCAUGCUCGAUCUAUCUGCUUUAGAAGCAACGCGUGUGCCCAGUCUGCAUUCCGAGGAUAGCGGACAGGAUGAGCAGAUUGACUUUGACGCGCUGUGGGCCUGGCCUAGUAACACACCUGCAAUGGGCAGUCCACGGGCUAUGGAGGCAAGCGGGGUGAGCGAGCGGGUGCAGGGCAUUAGUGAUAGCGCUGUACCCAUGUUUGGGGUUAGUAGACAGGGAACAGAUGGCCUUUGA